GGCGUAAUGGCGACGUUCGCACGGCGUUCCUGCUGCUGGCUCCUGGUCGUCCUGGCGGUCGCCGCGGUCUGCUGCCGCGCCGAGCUGUUCACGGCCAUCACGCACCUGCGCAACCUGCAGGACACCGAGGCCAACGUGGUGCGCAGCCUGGCGCACUACCUGGACCGCGAGCGCGAGCGGCUCGACUACUGCCAAGAGAUGCUCGACUACAUGGACGCCCUCGACGACGGCGACGACGACGUCGAAGGAGACUACGACUCUGGAGAGCUCCUCCUCCGCGACUACCUCUCGAACGUGUGGCUGUUGUACAACUGGCCCGAGCUGGUCGCCGAGCAGGUAGAGAUCAGCGCCGGCAACGGCCAGCUCCUGGAACUGCCUACGCCGCGUUUUGGACACUGGCCCAGCGACGAGGACCUGUCCGGUGCUGCGGUUGGGCUGUGCAGACUGCAGCACACCUACGGUUUGGACGUGCACCAGAUGGCCGAGCUCAAGAGCCCGUUGCUGAGCGUGUCCGCUCACGAUCGUCACGAGGUGGGCCGGCAUUGCUUCUACGAGGGCGACGUGGCCAACGCAAUCGGCUGGUGGGCGUCCAGCAUAGACACCCUGGAGCUGGAGGACGACGAGCCCAGCGUGGACCGGCUGACCGUGAUGGAGUCCAUGGCCCGCCUCACGAUGCGCUUGGAAGACAAGACGGCUGCUUUCCGGCUCCUGCUUGCCUACCAAGACGGAGCGCCCGCCCACUUGCGUGCCAAGCUGGUGGCGAGGGCGCAGGCCGACGAGCGGCUCAAGUACUCGUUCCUGGCGGGCGACGCGGCCCGGUUCGAGAGUCUGUGCUCCUCGAAUCGCACGAGCCGCUCAGGCGCAUCUCCCGGUCUGCGCUGCGUCGUUCUCCACAUCACCACGGACGUCAUGCUGAUGUGGCGCCCUCUACAUGUGGAACUGCUCAGCGAAGCUCCGCGGGUGGCGCUGGUGUACAACUUCCUCACCCGAAGCGAGACCCGCGUCCUGAGGAAUCUGGCCACGCCUCUCCUGUACCGAGCGCUGGUGUUCGGCGACGGCAGGAGGCAGAUAACGGCGUCGACACGCAUCAGCAAGGUGGCGUGGCUGCGUGACGAGAACUACGCGUUCGUGGCACGUGUCAGCGCCGCCGUGUCGGCGGUCACAGGCCUCCGCAUGGAGAGUGCCGAGCAGAUGCAGGUGGUCAACUACGGCGUGGGCGGCCACUACUCGCCGCACGCUGACUACACGCUGCCGCACGAGGCGACUACUGACCAAGACAUGACCUUGGGCCAGCGCGCGGCCACGUGGCUCAUGUACCUGUCCGACGUGCGCAGAGGGGGCAGCACCAUCUUCCCCAGCCUCGGACUCGAGGUGCAAGCCAAGGAGGGCCGCGCGCUGUUCUGGAUCAACCUGCUGCCGAAACUGUCCAAUGAGAGUCGCUUCGAGCGCAACCCGUCCUUGAGGACGCGCAGCCCGGGCGACGAGCGCACUAAGCACGGGGCGUGUCCCGUUCUCGUGGGUUCCAAGUGGAUCGCCACGAAGUGGAUUCACGAACUGGGACAGUCCAGGAUACCCCACGACUGGCCCGCCGCGCUGGCCACUUAGGAAGUGUGCGGAGCCGCCAGCGGCCGAAUUAAACGUGCGCUACAGAGCACUGUGUCUUGGGCACUUUUCUGACGGAGCGCUAUAUGUAUAUACUUCACAUCGUGGCUUCUUCACACCGCUGAAGCAGCCACUGUUACCGAUGUCGGAGAAACAUAAAGUCGAUAUACAGGGGCCCCGAAACACAGUUAUUGUAACAGCGAGUGCAUGCUUCCAAAUAAAGCAACUAAACAGAGAAACACAACCUCGGUAGCUGCUUUUGAGGUGCAGUAUCCCGCCAUCGCCACGAAGUAAUUUAUCCAGGUCAACCAUGCAGCUAGCUAGCUACAAAACGUGCAAAAGACUGCGAAGUGGUAGGCGUCUUAAU